GGCAAAAAAAGGGAUCAGCCCUGCAGUGUUAUUCGUGUGUGUCUAUCGUCAGGGUUGCCGAUGCCGUUGUGCUCGUAACCAACACACACACACACGCAUACAACAGCAGUUUAAGGGCAGCCAGCGCUUUCUCUCGCUCCGAAACAGUUUAAGAAGUUUCAAAAGAAGAAUAUAAAACUGGGCUCUUCGUAGUUUGUGCGUCUGUGUUUUACGUGAUGUUUCAUCGUCGACCAACGUCUGUUUUGUGAAAUUUUCAAGAUCUGAAAUAUUAUCAAAUAUUUGUGAAGAACAUCAGUAUCAACAGUGAGGUGGUUGCAGACUGUUGGUUCCAGUGACCGCUGCUUCUUCUGGAUCUGAUGUUGGAAGUUUGGUUAACGUCAUAGAGCCAAAUGUUUCUUUAGGUUAUACAACAACAACAGCAGCAGCUCAUCGUCAUGAAAGUCACUGUUUGCUUUGGACCUGUCAGCGUGGUGGUUCCUUGUGGCAAUGGGGACAUUUUGGUCAGGGAUCUCAUCAGCCAGGCUGUAACGAGAUACAGGAAAGCCUCCAACAAGUCGAAUGACGCGGCCAUUUCAGUGGCAGCCCUUCGUUCAUCGGAUGGCGCCAUUUUAGAUCCGGAUGACCGACUGGCCGAUGUCGUUGACGAUCGCGAACAAUUGGCCGCUUGCCUUUCCAAUGGUGGAAGCGGAUCGGAACUGGACGAAGCUUCGUUAGGGGUCCCGUUAGUGCUCGGCCCGCGGAUCGGAUUGAUGAAUCUGCGAGGUGAUGGCACGUCGGCCAGCUCCAACUCUGGCUCGCCAUCGCCAACCGAUUUCGGCCUUCAUCACCAACAUUAUGGCGGCAGUCAUCACCCGUCCAGCCGAAAAGACAUUGAGGUCACGGGCCAAGAAGCCGCCACGGGUCUCAUGGUCGAUCACCUGCACCUGCAGGUCAGGCGCGGAUCUGAGCCGGCACUUAAUCGCAUCAGUCCCGACGGACCGACGAUUACCAACGGCCCUGCUAGUGCUGCUGGCCAACACCACCAAGCCGACGUGCCACCUACAUCAAACACCAGAGAUUAUAAGAGGUGGUCGGCAGCGCCCAUUGUGGAUCCCACAUCAGAUUCGGAUUGCGAGGAACGUGACUUGGAAGUCGUACGGCGUCAUCCGUCCGGGCCGCGGUUCGCUCGAUCGGGGGCUCGUGUCUCGAUGCAAAUAUUCGGUGGCGGUGUAGGCAGCAGCAACGGCGUCGGCGGCGGCCAAAGCAAUGCUGGAUAUCGGUGGGCGGAAGCAGCCGAUAAUGCUUUACUGUCAGCCGCAACAGCUCCGGCAACCACAACUCCGCCCGACUACGAGGAAACGAUGCAUCGACGCACCCGCAGCCUCAGACGGGAACCCGUCGGUGCCACAAGUGAAUCGAUUCCGCUCAGCGACGGCCAUCACCACCUUUAUCACCACCACCACCACCACCACCAUCACGUCCAAUCGUCGGUACCAACUCAGCUCGUCGUUUUGCCUAACGAAGGCGGCCAACCGCUGGGCAUCCACGUCGUCCCCGAUUAUUCGCCGCUGGGUAACGAGCUCGGCCUAUUGGUGCAGGGAGUAGAGCCCGGUGGUCGGAUACACAGAGACGGACGCAUCGCUGUGCAAGAUCGUAUCGUCGAGAUCAAUUCGCAUCCGCUCAAGGACGUGCCUUUCCAUCGAGCCCAGGAGCUCUUCCGAAACGCCCUACAGAGUCGUGACCUUCGUUUGCGGAUAGUCAAACCGGACGGAGGAAUUGAAACGAUUCGCCAGGAUCAAGCGGAUGAAAUGGCGCAUCAACAAGCACCGUCUCGCGUUGCGGCCGUGUCACCUACUCGCAAAACACCGGCCGCUGUGCCGGGAACUGGCCGGGCCAGCAACGCCUUGAUGACAGUCAGCACAAGAAAAAUCGGCAAGAAACUCGAUCUGGAGCUGACAAAAGGACACGAAGGGCUCGGAUUUAGUGUCACGACACGCGACAAUCCAGCUGGAGGGCUCUGUCCCAUUUACAUCAAAAAUAUCUUACCAAGAGGUGCAGCGAUUGAGGAUGGACGGUUGCGCUCCGGUGAUCGACUUUUGGAGGUCAACGGAGUGGAAAUGACUGGCAAGACACAGAGCGAGGUGGUUAGCCUUUUGCGCAACAUUCCCACCGGUGGAGCCGCCCGUUUGCUCGUCUCGCGGCAAGAAACGGAAGAAGAACUUCAUUCCAAUCAGCAAAGUCAACAAGUUCAACCUGCGGCCGCUCAACCUCCUUCUCAGACCAGCCCGAAAUUGCCGAGGCAAAUGAAAUCCAUCAGCCGGGCGAGCGAGGAGAGCCUGUUGCUCUUGCCGUGGAAGCAGCGCGAAAUUCUCACGCUGGACAUUCCCGUCCACGACACGGAAAAAGCGGGGCUGGGCAUUUCCGUCAAAGGGAAAACGACGUCAUCGUCGGGAAAUGGCACCAGCGAUUUGGGCAUCUUUAUCAAAUCCGUUCUGCAUGGAGGAGCCGCUUCGAGGGACGGACGGCUCUGCACCAACGACCAGCUGCUUCACGUCAACGGCGUCUCGUUACAGGGUCGAUCCAAUACGGAAGCGAUGGAGGGAUUGAGACGAGCCGUCCACCAGGAAGGUCCCAAACCGGGCCACAUCACGUUGACGGUCGCUCGUAAAAUGCACGCGCUCAAGGAUCGCGAAGUGACGCUAGAGGGCCAGGAUGACACGGUGAACGGGAACGGUUCAUUGGGUGGCAGCGGAGGCGAUAGUUCAGGGAGCUACGAUCAUUCCGGAGGCAGCAGCGAUCAGUCAGGUUCCACCGUCAUUUUCGUCAGCGGAAGUGGAUGCGGUGGCGGAUCAGAGAGUCGUGAGAGAAAUCUCAUGGCGGAGAACAGAAUGUCUGGCAUCUCCUCUGACCUCCGCAACGAAAGCUACUACCGGGCCACGCACGAUACGUGGAACACGACGCAAUUGCAGGAGACGCUGAUGAGUUCGAAAUCGAAUGGCCAUCAGACAAGUGCCGUGGGACCUGGCCGGAAGCAACAUUCGCAAAACAGUCCAACGGUUCACUUGACUCCGGGCGAGGUGGUUUCGAUCGACGGUGAUUAUCUUCCCCAAUCACGACCACGCCCACCUUCUAUGAUGAUGAUGUCCAACGGUUCUUCCGUAUCCUCGACACCGGAUACGACCAUGAACUUGGCGUGGCAGCAACAACAAUCGAAUAAUCGUCCUGGUGGUCAACGCUCUGGACCGACGGACGGACGUGACCGACCGUGGUCCAAUGCCGAACAGCCGCAACAGCCGCAACCGCCACAGAGUCCCUUGUCGGAAACGUCAAUGCGUUCGGACGGACGUCCUAGCGAUUCGGAAGCUCCAACCUACACGAGCCAGACUUCGUUGGAUACGGACGCUCCCGGCUUCUCUCGCGACCAGUUUGGCCGUCAGAGCAUGUCGGAAAAACGGCACGCCUCGUUGGACGCCAAGAACACGGACACCUACCAAAGGAAUAAGAAACUCAGGGAGGAAAGAGAACGCCAAAAACAGACAGAAAGUGAACAACCGACAUCCGCAUCGAAAGAAAAUUUGCCUCCAUCAGGUCGGGUGAUCCGUCGCGCUGUCAAGCGUCGUCACGCCCAUCCUUUGGUUUCGCGUCUGGAAAAGGAUUAUCUCAACUCACCUACCUAUCACCGAUCCAGUCCCAAUCUCUAUCAACCCAACGAUGUUGUUGCGGGUGUUGGGGCUGCUGUGGCUUCAGCCAAUCGCCGGGGGGUAGCGGGCACGCUUGAACGGGGUAGUCGCCUGUCUGUGGCUCCUUCCAUGAUGAUGAUGACGGAUCAUUAUCAUCGUUCUCGUGUCUCUUCGGUGGAAUCCCUUCCUCUAAUCGCUCCGUCACCUGUCCCGUCCCUGCAAGGCCAAAGACGGCCACCGCUUCUACCUCCAUAUAAACCGCUAGAUAAUGGCCGGCCGCUUUUUGUGCGCCCAGUCGACCCGCCGAGAGCCUCGUCGAGAGAUAUCGGUCCAACGCUCGGCUUGAAGAAAUCUUCCAGCUUGGAAUCGCUGCAGACGGUCGUCCAGGAAAUCCAGAUGCAAGAGGAGGAGCCUCAAAUCGGUUGUUAUGGCUACCAUCGGCCGACGGCCAUCCGCGUUGUUCGAGGACGUGGAUGCAACGAGAGUUUCCGCGCGGCCGUCGAUCGCAGUUACGAUGAAUCUGGCCAGCCAACUGACGGACAUAACAAGGAGCCCAUGGAAACAUUGGAUGAAGCGGCUGAGGUAGAGGCGAAUGAGAUGAUUCCUCCGCCACGAUCUCCUUCUGAAAUUGGAAUUCCGAUCUUAAACAACAAAAGCGAAACUCGCAAAAGCAAAAAGAAGAACGCCAACGCAGCCGGACUCUUGUUGAAAGGACUUGGUUCCAUGUUCCGUUUCGGUAAACAUCGCAAAUCCGCUCCGGCCAGCCCUGAAUCUGGUCACCAGUCAUCCGGAUCGGAUCCGGCCGUCUCGGGUCAUUCGAUGGCCGGCGGCAACAUGAUUAUGCCGUCAUCCGGAAACCAGCAACAGCAGCAGCAUCAUCACCACCACCAGAGCGAACGAAGGUCUUCCGGUCAUUCUGGAAGUAUCGGCAGAUCGUCUGAAGUCGAUCGACAUCACGUCCUCAGGCGCACUCUUCCGCCCGACGAACGUGACCGAGCAGAACUUGGACGCCAAAUGGCCGUCGCUGUUGCCCGCCAGGCCGCCCAAGAAGAACAGAAGAGAAUACAACAUCAUUAUUUACGCUUGAUGGAUCAGCAGCAACGCCAAGCCGCCGCUCACGAACAGCAGAAGCAACAACAACAACAACAACAAUCGGGUGCUACAACUGGCGAUUCGACUAACCGUUCGCAGAGGCUGCACCAGCUGCGAGCCCAGCAUCAAAAACGACACGCUGAACAACAAAGACAGUCGACUCACACGCCGACAGAGCAAUUUGAGUCCAAUAAUAAAAACAUGGUGGAAAUCGCUCACGGACGUUCUGCCAGUUACGAUCCGUACAAUGACGUGAGGAAACCACGUAGCCGGGCAGCUGUCGGUGAACCCAAUACUCUGAUGCCCAUCCCGACAGUGUCCUCAAUGUACAACAACAAUUACGACGAAUUUCAACUCAAAAAUGGCAAUUUGAACCCGGUUCAGAUUCGAGAAAUGCAAGAAUUGGUCCGUCAUCAAAGACUCAAAGUUGAACAGGGGCAAGUCAUUCGGCGUCAGCAGCACUAUCACUCGCAGCGAUCGGCUCGCGAGACGCGGAUGAGCCCACCAGGUGGAAACGCGUGGUCCGGCUCCGAGCGGCCCGUUUCCAACUAUUUCGAAUAUGAAAGCCUGCACAUUGCUGGGCAUAAAGUGGCUCUAAGUGGACCUCCCUACAAACCUCAACAACAUCAACAGCAGCAGCAACAACAACAAGGCCAGCAGUCAUCAAACCGACGACCACCUACCAUGCAAGGUGAUGAAGGCCCGGCAUUCUUCCGACGGCCCGAUCGAAACAGCACUGGACUGGAAUACGGAAGCAAUCAAGUACGGUCGUCGCAACGGGAAUCGGUGUACGGCGCUUCAAACUACGGCAGCCAGAAUAACCCAAGCAGACCAGCUCCUUUGACAGGAUCUAAAGUCUGAUCAGCAGCUAAAUAACAGCUAACAUAGGGGAUAAUAGGUAUCUGUGUUAUCAACUCAAAUUAACUACAAUAAUGUACUUGAAACGAAUGCAUGUGCAACAGUCGUUUAAUGGGUCAAAUUGAAAUAUUUUUCAAUAGUCCUUUCUUUUUGUCCGAACAAACUGUUGAAUGUAAAUAACUAAGGUAUCGUUUUUUUCUACACAAAACCCAACGCAAACUCUUCAAAGUCUGUCCCAUAAUCUAUUUUAAAUAUUCCAAUCCCUUUUUUUAAUAUUAAAAGAAAAUCGUGUCAAGCAAACAAAAAAAACAAACAAACAAAAGAAAUCGUGUUUUGUACAUAUCUCGGAAGUCGGAACCGUCCAAAAGUUGAAAAAAAGAGUAUUAUUUCUUUUUUAUUCAUUCGAUUUAUAUAAAAAAAAGCCAUACGGAGUCGUUACCUAAAUAUGCUCGCACUUAAAAAAAAAAAAAAACGACUAGGGAUUUUAAAAGAAAAGAAAAAAGAAGAGUACUUUCAAAUUCCUAAUAUUUUGUGUCUGGUUGGCUCUUGAAAAAAAAAAAAACUGUUUCAAUCGUGUCUUUGCUUUCCGUUUGGUCUUUUUGUUUUUAUACAUUCCCCACUUGCCAUAUCAAAUCAAGUGUCUAUACCCCUCAUUGUAAUAACUUUUUUCUUUUGUUUUACCAUGCAUCACACACUCCGUACAGUAUAACUUUGCUUCUGAUUUUUCUUUUUCUUUUUGUCCGGUCAAGAAAACAAGAAGAAAAAAUAUCUUUUGAAUGAAACGAAUGACGUGAUUCUAUCGCCUUUACAGGAA